AUGUUGAUGUUGAUAUCUGGCAGCGGUGAUCAGUUCUGCGUGGUACCGUCUUCCGGACAGAGUGAAUUCUCCUCAUCGUUGUGCGCGGUGUGUAACACUUUUCUGGCAAACAGCCCCCGAAAAAGGUCAGACUUCACCUCACCAACGACGAUGAUGUUACGCACGGUGGUCGUGUGUGCAUUGUUAAUACUUUCCGCCGCAAAUAAAGGUGCCAACGGUCAUCGUCGCUACGGACAGCAUGAUAGCGGAGAAGAUGAUGAUCAUUACGAGCAACCGCGCGGUUACGGUCAACAGCAGGGCUUAGCUGUAGGAGCCGGUUUUGGAUACAACCCAUACUACGGCAUGCAGCAGUAUGGGUAUGGCGCACAGCCGAACCUGUUCGAGGUGGUGUCGAAGAACACGGCUGCAGUGUUUGAUAGCGUUAACAAACAGAUCGGACAGACGUUUAACGCCGUUGCGCGACCGAUCGGUGUCGGGUUUGGGUACAUACCCGGCCAGUUUGGAGCGCCGGGACCGAUCGGAUCGUUUGGGUUCGUUCCACCCGGACAACAGAUGGGAUUCACCCCAGGUGGCCAUCCGCCUGGAUAUGGCUAUGAAGGUCAUCAUCAUAAUCAUCAUGGCCAUCAUGGUAGACCGGAUGGGUUCCAAGGCAAUAAUAACAAUCCUCAUGGUAAUUGGCAUCAAGGAGGACAUCCGUACGAAGAUAGACCACAUCAAGGACCGUACGAUCCGUCCGUACCGAAGGCACCAGUUACUCCGGUAGUGAAACCAGCUCCAAUUCCUCCAACACCUCCGGUUUCCGUCACGCCUGGAGUUCCGGUACAACCUCCUGCGGUGCCUUCGUCACCACCACCACCACCACCAGCACCUCCAGUAGUGGAUCCUAACCCUCCAAGAGUUAAUCCGCAGCCAGCACCUCCUACCGACAACAGCUGGUCCUCUGACAAUGUCCCACCAGUAGCACCACCACCUCCACCACCACCAACCACGGGUGACAACAACCUUCCACCUGUAGCUCCAUCACCUCCACCACCACCACCAUCUCCUCCAGUCAAUGUCCCACCAGUAGCACCUGCUCCACCCGCACCUAAAGAAGGCAUUACGACGGAUAACGAAGAGGACGAUAAGACCAUCUAUGACAUUGACAUUCGCGGAGAGUUCGAAGGCACGAAGGCACGACGAAAGCGUCAGUUCUUUCCGAAUCUCUUUAACCAAAUUGGAGGACUCGUAAACACCGCCGUCAACUCGGCUGGAACAGUUGCCCAAGGUGCCUUGAACGCCGGUCAACAGCAGACAUUCGGAUUCCCGAACUUCUUCGGCCAGGGAAGACCUCCCCGACCUCAGCAACCGGCACAACCACAAGCUCCGAACAAUCCACCCCAACAGCCGCCACCACCACCACCUCCAGUGAAUCCACCGGUCCAGCAGGAUAAUAAAACACCGGAACUUAACCUCCAAACACUCGGACAGGAUGGGAUGAUUUGGACCUACGAAACGCUCGGAGUGACACCGCCACCACCGGGGCGCGUUCGACGUAAUACGGAUGCGAUCUACUUUCCCGACGAUGACGAUGACGAUCGAUUCUCGCACCUCCAGAACAAACCGGUGAAACCGCCACCACCACCACCACCGCCGUCUUCACCCUACCAACCAUCGGUAGGUUCCAAUGCCGGCGCGCAGAGUCAAUCCCAGAACGUGGCCAACGGGUUCCAGCAGAGCAGCGGUUCGCAGAGUCAAACACAAACCGUCCAAAACCAGCAUGGUACGUUCAACCAGAAUGCAGCGGGCAGCACGUCGGGCAAUGUGGCGGUGGAUGGGUCAUCCGGUCAGCUGAGUGCAGCCAACACACAGCAGCAAAGCUUCCAGACGGCGCACGGUUCGGGCAGCCAGAACCAAGCUAACAGCCAGUCGGCCAACUUCGACAAAAAUGGCAACCUGCAGCUGUCCAACUCGAACGCCAACACCAUGUCGAUCCGGGAAAAGGACAAGUACAAGGAGCAAGCGAACGCCGGUUCGUCCUCGGUCGUGCAGAACCAAUUCGGCCAACAGUCGAGCAACGCGCAAACCAACUCGGAAACGUUCUUCGAGAAUGGCGUGCAGGGCAACAAGAACAGUGCCUCCAGCCAGAGCUUGCAGACGAACAAGGAUGGUUCGGUGUCGGGUUCGAACAGUAACACCAUGUCCAACACCUUCACCGGUCCGGGCGGUUUAACUGGGUCGUCCUCAUCCAGCCAAUCGUCCUCGUUCAACAAGGGUGGCGCCGGUCAUGGUGGCGCUCAAUCCGGAGCAUCAAGCGGCGCUACGAGUGGGGCAUCGUCCAGCGGGGCAUCGUCCUCUAGCAGCAGCGCCUCGUCCAGUUCUUCAGGCGCGGGUGCGGGAUCACUCAGCAUCAGUGCCUCGUUCUCGGGGAUUCCAUUCGGGCAGAUACCUUUGAACACCUUCCUGCCCAAUCUGUUCCCGAAGCUAACCGGACAGCAGCAACUGGUGAGAGGUGCGCAAUUUUAAUUCUAGUAUUUCAGGUAUUAAAAACAGACAGAGCAUGAACUCAAAGUUCAGCGCAUUAAGCAGCAUAUUUUCUAAUAAUAUUGG